AUGCAGCUACUGAGUCAUUGGACAGGAUGAGGGAUGAAAGCAAGAAAGCAGCCUUGCAGUUAGUUGACAUGGAAUGUGGUUAUCUAACUGUUGAAUAUUUUCGCAAGCUUCCCCAAGAUAUUGAGAAGGGUGGAAAUCCAACGCACUCAAUUUUCGAUAGAUAUAACGAUUCAUAUCUCCGGCGAAUUGGAGUCAACGUCCUGUCCUAUGUCAAUAUGGUUUGUGCAAGUUUGAGGAACUCUAUUCCGAAGUCUGUUGUCUAUUGUCAAGUGCGUGAGGCCAAACGUGGCUUGCUUGAUCAUUUCUUCACAGAUUUGGGUAAAAAAGAGUCAAAACAGUUGUCUAAAUUGUUGGAUGAGGAUCCAGCAAUCAUGCAGCGCCGGGGCAACCUUGGGAAAAGGCUAGAAUUAUACAGAAGUGCCCAACAAGAGAUUGAUGCAGUUGCUUGGUCCAAGUAGAGGGGAGCAGAUU